AUGGGGGUUUUUCAGAGGGUACUUGAGCAAUGCAAAGAAGGUUGGCUCUUUUGGACUGCUGAAACAACUUCUAAAGAUGGCCAAAAAGCACUCAAAUUAUAUGGAAACCAAGCAAAUGAUGUGGACCAGUUGAUAUUUUUAACUCCAUCAGCUGGACCAAAUCUAACCUUCAUCGAAAGGAUCGAAGCAUCAGAUAUCGAGGAUGAUGAGUGGCUAUCCUGCUCAACAACCAGCAUAUGCGAGCGAGCAACCUUUCUCAUUGAAUCGCUUGCAUUAGAAAGAACAAAACUUGCAAGAUGGCGAGCAGAGAGGCAGGAACAAGAGAGACAGCUUGCCGAGUGUGUGACAACUAACCGGCCAUUGGGCAGACCACCAGGAAACAUGAAUGACACCAAAAGGGAAAAGGAAAAGGAGAAAGAGGAACAUGAACAAGAGAAAAUACAGCAAAAACCUGAGGACAAUGUACAAGAGCAGAAAAUAAGAGAGGAAAGAAGAAAAAGAAUCACUAUGGAGCCCAAAGAAGGCAUUACCAUUGCUCUUCGCUUUGGUGAUCGCAAAGUAAGGCGGAAGUUUAGGGAUACAGCAUUUUUUCAGGAAGUAUAUGACUGGGCAGGGGGCAUGGAAGCAAUGCCACGUCACUUCACCCUGCAACGGCGGAAUCAUGUUGUUUGCCAUGCUGAUCCAGUAGAGGGGCAUGAGGUGUUAGAUGUUUAUGAACGAACAGAGGCAGAAUGCAAGACGAUUUUAAAUCGCAAGGUAGGGAAAACUUUAUUCCGCUUCAUUUAAGUACUUCAAUCAAUGAGGCAAUCAGUUCAGCUUGUCAGAAUUUAAAAGAUAUAGUACAGGUAUUAACGAAUUCAUUGAGUAGCACUAAAACUUGUAGACGACAGACACUACUGACUCUCCAGGGACGGGGCAUAUCAAGAGCAUCGAUACUUGAGAAAUACGGACAUGACUGACUAUGGCACCCUUCUACAGCUACAAUACCGGGGAAGACUGACUCUAAUAACUAUUGUAUUAAUUAGUAAUAUGCAGCUUACAUUGAAUAUCAUUAUUUCACUAAAAAUUAAUAAGAAUAAAAAUCUUGACUGAGAUGUUCAACUUCCUGAGCUUUAAUACUAAGUUUUUUACGCCCCUGAAUCGUUCAUGAGCUCUACCCAAAUUUGAGUCAUUUUCAGUCGGCUGUUUCACCAAAGUGCAACGGUUUAUUUGGAAAGUAGAAUCAUCCAUCGAUAGUCUUUUGAGCUGUUAUCAAAAUCCAGAUUAUUUAAAAUUGGUAUCUAGUGUUCAGAGUUAGCGGCGUCUGAAACUGCCAUUACAAUGUUCAGUUUAGCAAUUUCCCGCCAAAUUUUUUAACACACUAUGUUUUGACUUCCUCUAAUUUUAGUCCAUAAUUAACCAAAAGGACCUAAGAGUAGUUUCAUUGCCCAGUUUUCUGGGGCAAUAACACUUAACAUAAGAGAGAACUAUAGUUAUUGUAAUCCUUCGGAGGUGCCUCACAGCAAAACUAGUGUGUCCAGGUUAAAAUGAAAAUACCUAAAAACCAAUAUCAAAUUAAAGCAAGUAGAUCUGGCUACCCAAAUAUUGAAUCCGCACCCACUCCCUCACGCGAAAGCUUCAGCAACAAAAUUAAAAUUCCUCUCAUUUAAUUUUUUAAAGGGUUUUCAACUCCCAAACCACUAAGGAUACCAGUCAGUGUUUUGCAUAUUCGAUCACAGUAAAAUGUUACAAAGCACUUUGAAAUCGGCUUAACACUCUAUGGUUUGUCUUAGCUUGGAGAUCUUUUUGAGAAAGAGCACAUAAUCUUUUUGUAAUUAUUGAUGGUUUGAGUUUCUUUCCACUACCUGAUGUCUGUUGAAUGCAAUCAUUUCUAUUGCUCACACAAGGUUGACUGGGACCAGUCCACAAAUCAUAACACUUAUAUAACACUUAGCAAAAUAAAAAGUUUUAUUUUGUCACCAAAAUAGACUUCAUCUGUGGAUAAUUCACAUGUUCAAUUAUAAUUUAUUUUAACAGUAAAUUUUAUUUUUGGAUAAUUGUCAAUUUGAAAACAAUUUGAAGAAAAUUCACUCCCUGAAGGAAUACGGAACCCAGGGCAAGAGUGUGACAAAAAAAGCAGAUAUAAUGUAAUUUUUUGUUGAGGAAUAAUUACACAUAUUAAAAAUCUUGAUUGCAAAGUUGAUAAAGCAAAACUUACUGCUACUGCUACUCUAGGGACGAGGCUAUUUAAAAGCCCCGAUACUUGGGAACUACCGACACUACUGCUACUCCAGGGACGAGGCCAUUUAUAAGCCCCGAUACUUGGAAAUUACUGAUACUACUGCUACACCAGGGACGAGGCUAUUUAAAAGCCCUGAUACUUGGGAAUUACUGACACUACUGCCACACCAGGGACGAGGCUAUUUAAAAGCCCCGAUACUUGGGAAUUACUCACACUACUGCUACUCCUGGGACAGCGCUGUUUACAAGCCCCGAUACUUGGGAAUUACUGAUACUACUGCUACACCAGGGACGAGGCUAUUUAAAAGCCCCGAUACUUGGGAAUUA